AUGGAGCUCAGCAGACUUGAACCAGUAACUACAGAUAGAGUGAAAGAAACAAGAGGAGCGAUUGACGAACCAGGUCUCCCCACCGAUGAUAAAGUAAAAGAGAGCUCUCCCUUGGAAAAGAGUGAGAGUAGCAAUAGUUUCGGCGACGAAGGAGACUUACCACUGCCCCAGGAGACACUGCUACCACCACCAGCAGCGGUACCAGGGCCACAGCGAGAUGGUGGAGGGUCCAUCAGUGAGAGUGAGAGUUUGUCUACAGAGUCAGGGGGAGGUGGACGUGGUGGUGUGGUUGGUGGACACAGGGUUUCCUCUGGCAGUGGAGGACAGGACUCAGAGCACAGGGAGCCCCAUACCCAGCCUCACAAUGGAGCAGAUGUGGCCUAUGCCAGCUUUCUCCAGUCAGUGUGUCAGACUACUGGGCUGACUGCUGCAGCUCCACUACUGGACUCUGACUCUGAGGGAAUAGAGGACGCCGCCCUGGAAGGUCUGGGGAGAGACCUUGAACCACACAGUCACUCCUCUCCCUCUCCACCCUCACUCUCUGCCACAGGAAGCUGUGGACUCGAACCAGCAGAGAGAAAACCAAAGAGUAUUCCUGAGGUGGGAAGUGACCAAGUGAAAGGAGAGGGACAGCUAGAUGCCAGCGGUAGUGAUAGCUCUCUUUCACCACACAAACCUUCUUAUACCCCUUCAGUCAUAGAAAGGCAGCACAGAACAGAGUCAAAGACCCUCCAGAAGAGACACGGAUUCUGGGAAUCAGAUGACUCCAGUCUCGACAACUCAGGGAUAGAGCCACCGACUGCAGAAGACGACCAUGGAGACUUUGACUUCUACAUGUAGAGACCUCCUCCUGGACCACGAUAACAAUUAUCUUGGAACUCUAUACACAUUGGGCUGCAAUAAAUAUUUUUCACAAAGGAAACAUUCUGUAUCACAAGACUUUGAUUGCUAAGUUAUGUCACUCCUAUUUCUUCCACUUGAAUUUGCUCUUGGCUUUCGUCUUGUCCGCCUUGGGCUGAACUUUAGCUGACGGCCCUGCCUUCUUCCCGGUAGUCUUCUUGCUCUGCACUCCACCAGCAGCUUCCUUCUGCGGCGGAGCGCUGCCACCGCUGACCUCGCUGCCGAUCAUCGUGUCUAGGUCUUGGUUGAUGCUGUCCACAAAGUCCAGCUCGUCUUUCCCGACUCCUCCGCCGCCCGGCCCCUCAUCCCCACCACUCCCCGUAUCGGACAAGAAGCCGAACAGCUCGUCCAGAUCCGCCCCCUUCUCCACCGCCAUGAUCUUUGGCAACU